AUGACUAGCAAGGAUUACUACUUUGAUUCUUAUGCUCACUUUGGUAUUCAUGAAGAAAUGUUAAAGGAUGAAGUCCGUACUUUGUCUUACCGUAACUCGAUGUAUAACAAUAAGCACCUAUUCAAGGACAAGAUUGUGCUUGAUGUAGGUUGUGGUACUGGUAUUCUUUCCAUGUUUGCUGCCAAAUCUGGUGCUAAACAUGUCUAUGGUAUUGAUAUGUCCAACAUUAUUCACCAAGCCCGUGUGAUUGUGAAAGAUAAUGGCUUAGAGGAUAAAGUGACUCUUAUUCAAGGUAAAAUGGAAGAAGUCGUUUUACCUGUAGACAAGGUCGAUAUCAUCAUUUCUGAAUGGAUGGGCUACUUUUUGUUAUACGAAUCCAUGUUGGACACUGUCCUUGUUGCCAGAGACAAGUACUUGGCUCCUGGAGGCAUGAUCUUCCCUGACAAGGCUGUGAUGUGCAUUGCUGCCAUUGAAGAUGGUGAUUACAAGGAAGAAAAGAUUGGUUACUGGGAUAAUGUCUAUGGCUUUGACUAUUCUUCUAUCAAGAAGAUUGCGAUUAAAGAACCUUUGGUUGAUAUUGUUGAACCUCGUUGUGUGAUGAGUGACACAUGCGCAUUCAAAGAGAUUGAUAUUGCCACUGUGACCAAAGAAGACUUGACAUUCAAGGCACCCUUCAAGAUUACUGCUCAACGCGAUGAUUAUGCUCAUGCUUUCAUUGCCUGGUUCGAUAUUGCUUUUACCCAUUGUCACAAGCCUGUUGAAUUCUCUACGGGCCCCUUUUCCAAGUACACUCACUGGAAACAAACUGUGUUCUAUACACCUGAAGCCUUGACCUUAAAGAAGGGUGAAACUAUUGAAGGUGAAUUGAGUUGUGCUCCCAACAAAUCCAAUCCUAGAGACCUUGACAUUGUGAUUGACUUUAAAUCAUCUGCUACUCAUGGUCAAGUACGUGAAGUGUGUGAAUACAAAAUGUCUUAA